AUGCACCCUCAGCAGCACCGCUUCCUCCAACGCUCUCGCAUGUCGCUCCGUCUCAAGCUCGCCCUGUUGCGUCGUAGUCCCCCAACCUCCCAGUUAACCAUACCCAAUGUGACAUUCACUUUGGACUCGUACUCCGAUGCCGAUUGUGUUGAGAAGUUUCGGUUUUCGAAUGCGACGCUAAGGUACCUAGUCGUCUUUCUACGCAUCCCUCACCGCAUCACCACCGUCGAGCGAACUGCCUGCACUGGUGUCGAAGCUUUGUGUAUCCUGCUGCGCCGCUUUGCUGUUCCUGACCGCUGCAACCAGCUUGAGGCACUUAGCCAAGCAGUCGCAAAUAAAGGGGGCGAAGUUCAGAACGUAUGGGCAUUUAUUGAUGGAACGGUGCGUGAGUGCUGCCGACCAGACGGUGAUGAGCGCCAGCGGACCGUAUUUAACGGUCAUAAAAGGCGCCAUGCUGUCAAGUAUCAGACGUUGGUGACUCCCGAUGGGAUUAUAUCCCAUGCAUUUGGACCGAUUGAAGGCGGACGACAUGACCUUACAAUCCUACGGCAGUCUAAAUUGGAGAGUGGAAUUGCUGCCGACACACGGUUUCGUGGUUUUGUGAUUUAUGGCGAUCCUGCCUAUGGCUACUCGGACCAACUCGCCUCUCCAUUUGGCGGUGCUCGUUUGACUGCUGCCCUGCGCGAAGUCAACAAAAGCAUGAGUCGUGUUCGAAUAAGUGUUGAGUGGUCGUUUGGGCAAGUACUACAAUACUGGCCUAUUGUCGACUUCAAAAAGAAGUUGCGCAUUGGGAACAGUCCGAUUGCCAAGAUGUAUAAGGUCGCAGUACUUUUGACCAACUGCAUCACAUGUGAUCGAGGACGAAACACUAAUAGCGCCUACAUUGGACUACCCCCGCCAACUUUAGAGGAAUAUUUGCAUGUCAACAUGUAA